GUUUGUCAUUUCAAUCAGCUCUCCAUAAAACCUCGUCUCCCUCCGUCCACUUUUUACUACGAUUUGCUUCUCACCGUCUCAAACAGUACGUGUGAAUAUCACUGUUAGCUAGCUUCUUCUAAGAUGUCAACUUCUUCAGCUGGAGAAGGAACUGUCCUUCAUAUUGGGGGCCUGAAGAGCUACGUCACUGGCUUAACUGAAUCUAAGCUUGCAGUCCUUCUAGUCUCCAACGUUGUUGGAUAUGAAUACCCAAACUUAAGGAAACUUGCGGAUAAAGUUGCUGCAGCUGGAUUUUUUGUGGUGGUUCCUGAUUUCUUUUAUGGCGACCCUAUGAAUCUUGAUAAUCCUCAAUUCGACCGUGAGGCAUGGCAUAAAGCCCAUAGCGUGGAAAAGGCAUACGAGGAUGCCAAACCAGUGCUUGCUGCUCUAAAGAGUCAAGGUGUUUCUGCAAUAGGAGCUGCAGGAUUUUGCUGGGGAGGGAAUGUAGUGGUCAAACUUGCAAAAUCUGAUGACAUUAAGGCCGCUGUGAUAUUGCACCCUGGCCGGUUAGCAGAUGAAGAUAUACAUGAGGUUAAGGUUCAUACUGCAAUAUUGGGAGCUGAGAUUGAUAAAUAUGCACCCCCAGAACAUUUGAAACAAAUUGGGGAGAUUUUAUCAGUGAAGUCUGAGUUUGAUAGCUUUGUGAAAAUAUUUCCUGGAGUGGCUCAUGGAUGGACAAUAAGCUACAAUGCGGAGGAUGAAUCUGCAGUCAAGAGUGCUGAAGAGGCUCAAUUGGACAUGUUAAAUUGGUUUACCAAGUAUGUCAAGUAAGAAAACAUGUAGGAAGUGAGCUUUGAAGCUCAACAAUCUUUGGAACAUGGCAAACUCUUCUUCUGCAUGAUAGAGUUUGAAAUUGGAAUGUAAACGCCCCCAAAAACUGUUUGACAUUUGAUGGCUGAGAAUAAAAUGGCAUUCAUAUACUACCUCCA